AUGCCUCAGGAAAAGUCGACCAGUGCGAAGAAGAAGAAACAGGCGGAACAGGCAAAAUCGUCGAAGAAGAAGGCGGCCGCAGCGGUUGCCAGCUCUCCCAAGUCGGGCACUCCGAAGAGCACAAAGAGCUCUAAGAAACCCGUUGCCAGCAAGGCGACCAACGGCAACGGCUCCUCCAAACAUGGAACUCCCAAGUCGGUGAAGGGCAAACCACCGAAGGCGUCCAGUACUGCCACCAGCUCGCCCACGCAGAGCACCGUCACUAACAAAACUUCCACCAAAGGAGGUCAAGGCGGUGGAAGCAAGAAAACCACCGAAAAGAGCAAGUCAGCAAAAAAGAAGGCGCCCGUUCAGGUGGCUCAGAAGGCGGCCAAGCCCACUCCGCCACCUCCUCCUCCUCCACCGCCCAAAAAGAAGAAGAAGAAGGUCGUCCCUCAGGUGGUCGUCAAGGAGGAGGACAGUGAUGAGGAGGAGGAGGAGAAGGAGGAGGUGGAGAAGAAGGAGNAGAAGAAGAAGAAGGUCGUCCCUCAGGUGGUCGUCAAGGAGGAGGACAGUGAUGAGGAGGAGGAGGAGAAGGAGGAGGUGGAGAAGAAGGAGGAAGAGGACCAGCAGGAGGGCAAUGAGGUGCACCUUCCGCCGCCCUCUGCCCUGGCCAGCGGGGGCAGCUCCGAGGAGGCGCUCCCUGCAGUGCCCACCUCCACUUCGCCCACUGCCUCAGCUGUUAAGAAGGGCAAGAAGCCACCGGCAAAGAAGGCGGCGGCGGCGAGCAAGGCUCCGGCUAAGAAGACGCCUAAAAAGAAGCAGAAGAAGGUUGCUGCUGCCAAGCCGAGUGCUGCUGUUGCAACCGCCUCUUCGGCCGCCUCCUCCGAUGACGGAGAAGAGGAGGAGGAAGGAGAAGGAGGAGAGGAAGAGGGCGGAAAGGGUGGUAGUGCCGCUAAGGCCUCAGAGGUUGCUGCUCAGGGUAAGUCAGCCUCCAAAGCAGAGGACGAUGAACCACCGCCACCGUCAGGUAGUUCGGCGGCCAAUAACAACAGCAGCAGUGCUGCUGCUGCUGAGCCGGUCCGCCCACCACAACCACCACCACCACCACCACCUCCCCCGCCCCCUUCGCCAUCUUCAAGCUCAGAUAAGCCAAUCGAAGAGGUUCCUGGUGGUCCAGACUCUACACAUGAGUCGGAAUCAGGUCAGCCCUGCCCACCUAGUGAGACACGGCCUAGCCAGAAGUCGAGCAGUGGCAUGGAGAAGGAGAAAGUGGAAGAGGAAGAGGACGAGGAGUUCACCAAACCGACCAUCAAUCAGAUGAAGAAGGUCGACAAGGUGGAGAAGCCGCUCAGUCUCUCGGAGAAGAUCAGCAAGCUGGAGUUUGAGUCGCUGAACGACGAGAUCGCCGAGCUGAACCAGGGCGUGGCCAUGUUAAAACACUCCUACGGGAGCAUCAUUAAGUCGCUGGUGGCGAUGCAGAACCGCCGAUCGAAGAAGAAGGCCGCCAAAGAGGCUGCGGCUGCCGCUGCUGCCGGUGGUGAGGCAAAGUCUGGUCGAGGGGGCGAGUGCAAGCCCACCUUCCUCACCACCGUCUCCACGAUGGACGCCUGCAAGCUGGCCUCGCCCAGCUGUCUGGUGAUGAAGGACAAGUACGACAUUGAGCGUUUCGUCAAUCCGCUCACUCGCGAGGAGACCUUCCAGCUGCUCUUUGAUGAGAUUGAGCAGCUGAACAAGCUGACGGAGCCCUUUCGCACUCGAUUCUUUGACGUCAAGGGCAACUUCUUGCGUCCCAAGUUUGAAGCGCAGACGGAGGUCAAGAUGAACCGCACGCUCUUCAAUGAGUACAAAGUUUGGACCAAGAAGCUGAUGUCUGUGGUGGACGACAUCGCUCGCAACUACAACGACGACCUGCUCAACAUGUUCCGUCUGAACUGA